ACUCCUGGACAUGACCUGCCGCCUCGCCAACACACUGAAGAAGUAUGGAAUACAAAAAGGGGACAGGGUUGCAGUCUACAUGCCUGUGUCUCCCCUGGCUGUGGCUGCUAUGUUGGCUUGUGCCAGAAUUGGUGCUGUUCACACAGUGGUCUUUGCUGGUUUCAGUGCGGAGGCUUUAGCUGGGAGGAUCAAUGACUCGGAAUGCAAAGCUGUCAUUACAUACAACCAGGGCAUCCGGGGUGGACGAAUCAUAGAGCUGAAGAAGACUGUGGAUGAAGCUGUGAAGAAUUGCCCAAGUGUCAAACGUGUCUUUGUGGCUCAAAGGACAGACAACACAGUCCACAUGGGUGAUCUCGAUAUCCCACUUAAUGAAGAGAUGGCCAGGGAGGCUCCUGUAUGUGCUCCUGAAAGUAUGGACAGUGAGGACAUGCUCUUCAUGCUUUAUACCUCUGGAAGCACAGGAAAACCCAAGGGGAUUGUUCAUACCCAGGCUGGGUAUCUGCUGUAUGCUGCUCUGACACACAAGUAUGUCUUUGACUACCAGCAAGGUGAUAUCUUUGGCUGUGUGGCUGAUAUCGGCUGGAUCACAGGACACAGCUAUGUUGUGUAUGGACCACUCUGCAAUGGGGCCACCUCUGUACUGUUUGAGAGCACGCCUACAUACCCUGACCCAGGUCGUUACUGGGAAACUGUACAGAGGCUACAAAUUAAUCAGUUUUAUGGAGCACCGACUGCUAUCCGUCUGCUUUUGAAAUAUGGUGAUCAGUGGGUGAAGAAGUAUGACCGAUCUUCCUUAAAAACCCUGGGGUCAGUGGGAGAACCAAUUAACCAUGAAGCUUGGCAGUGGUUCCACAAAGUAGUGGGAGACAGCAAAUGCACCCUUGUGGACACCUGGUGGCAAACAGAGACGGGUGGUAUUUGCAUUGCUCCACGACCAUCAGAGGAAGGAGCUGAAAUCAUUCCAGCUAUGGCAAUGAGACCAUUCUUUGGGAUUGUACCUGUACUGAUGGAUGAGAACGGGAAAGUGAUAGAAGGAAAUGACGUCUCUGGUGCUCUGUGCAUUGCGCAGCCGUGGCCUGGCAUGGCAAGAACCAUCUAUAGAGACAAUCAGAGAUUUGUAGAUGCUUACUUCAAAACUUACCCAGGCUAUUAUUUCACAGGUGACAGUGCAUAUCGAACCAAGGAAGGGUAUUACCAGAUAACAGGGCGGAUGGAUGAUGUCAUCAAUGUCAGUGGUCACAGGCUUGGAACCGCCGAGAUUGAAGAUGCCAUGGAUGAACACCCCGCUGUGCCUGAAACAGCUGUGAUUGGUUACCCGCAUGAGAUCAAAGGAGAAGGUGCCUUUGCUUUCGUAGUGUUGAAAGAUGACACAGUUCAGACAGAACAUGUUAAACAAGAACUUAAAGCAAUAGUUGCUUCCAAGAUAGCAAAAUAUGCCGUGCCUGAUCAUGUGCUGGUGGUGAAACGCCUUCCUAAAACCCGCUCAGGGAAAAUCAUGAGAAGGUUGCUGAAGAAAAUCAUUGCUGAUGAAGGCAGCAACCUGGGAGACAUCACCACACUGGAAGAUCCAAGUGUCAUCACAGAAAUAUUGGAUGCCUAUCAAAAAUACAAAAGUGAACAGCGGACUUCAUAAUAUGGAGUUCUGGAGUCUCUUUCCAAUGGAAAUUCAAAGGAACAUCAAGAAUCGGCCAUACAACAUGGUUCUUUUGUGGCUUGUCACCAAACUGCUCUUAUUCAAAGGAGAACAAGAUGCUGCUGCUUCUCACAAUGUGUGGUGUGACCUAUCAUAGACACAGCUGCCCUCUCUGUUUUUCUUGGAAACUAUGGAAUGCCAAGAGUGAAACGUAACCUGUUAGGAGUGUCCAGGAUACCUGCCUUAAUCAAUUUGCCAUAAGAAAGUGUCUUUGCACUAUUUUAGGGAGGAUAUGGAGCAGCAUUUUGGGAUUUCCACUAGCUACAUUAAAACAACCCAUUGGUAAUGUAGCCUUGACUCUUGAGCUGGGGUUAACUUUUUGAACCUUGAACCAAUACUGCUUCCCAGACACAGUAGCAGAGAAACACUUGUUCAGUUUUUCAUGUUGACUUGGGCCUCCAAGUUCAAGUAGUUGUAUUUAAUAGCAACAGUUGUGCCUUUUCAGCAAUGCUGUAUACUAUAGUACAUAUUCCAUGUACAUCAUCUGUGAAAUGGGAAGAAACAGGUUAAUGGAUUAGACAGGCUGAUUGUUAUUACAAAUUUCCUUUGACACCCUAUUAUGCUUUUAGGCAUGGCUACACGUGAUUCAAAACAGCCAGUUUGGGAGCCAGGGAUUCCCAUGCUUUUCUUCAAGGUGGUGUUGCCUCUAUCCCUGUGUCAUCACUGAUAAACCUGAACCCUUCCAGAUACUGUGGAUAGUAACACUCACUACUAGCUUACCCUGAACCCUAUGGCACUUCACAUAUCAGCGAUGUGGCUCUGGCAGAGGUAGGAAUUGAAACUUGAUAUCGUGGGUGUUAGCCCCAAGCCAUCUUUCCCCCAUCACCCCAGACCUCCUCAGUGAGCUGCUCACUUAGGUAGAUUGCAUCCCAAGGCAGGAAUUCAGUCCUGCGUGGUUAGAUGUGACCUUUAGAAAUUCAGAGACACCAGGCUGGAUUUUUUGAGAGACAGUAGGUUUGUUUACACGUUCAUUAAUGUGCUAUAAUUAUGGUGUAUUAGGUUUAGUACCUGUAAUAACAGGUACUAACUUAAUGUGCCAUGAUUGGUGCUAUUGUGCAUUAGCACAGAUAAAUACUUUUUCUGUAACACUUAAUGCCCGUUGGACUAAUCUACUGUUCAUUAGUGCAUUAGCAUGGUUUUUGCCAGCUGCACUAAUGUACAGUAGAAUUAGUCUAAUGGGCAUUAAACGUCUUGUGUAGACGAACCCACUGAGGAUCUGCCUGGCAGCUGUCCACCCUUGGAAAACAGGACAGGCAGGCUGCAGCUGGUAGGUGUGCCAGUGGAACAAAUUCCCUGUGACCUUGGGCUAGCCUCCUCAGUACUGAGAAUCCUCAUCCCCAGAAGGAGAAUCCUGCUUCACCAGUACAGCAGGACCUAAUUCUGAAAGUACUUGAGAGGGCUCAAAUACAACAGUCAGGGGACCAGGGUAUCAUUCUGUUCCUGUACCACUGUUGGUUUCUAGUGCUAUGGAAAUGCUAGCUUGCCUUUCUGUUCUACUCCCAUGGGAAGGGUUAACUGCAGAGCUGAAGGUAGAGCUCUGACAUGGGUUCCAUAGACUGCAAGAGGAAGGCACAUACUGUUAAACAACUUGAGGAGUGUAGUCUUGGUAUAACAGGAACCAAAAGCCAAGGGAAUGGGGACAAGCUGCAAGAAAAUACUGUCUUUUAUAGCCAUGCAAAUACUUCUGAGUUGGUAUAGCUGUUUCAUUUGCAUAGUGCCUUACAUUAGGCAUUCAGGAGGGCUCACCUGUAACUGCAAUGGUUGAUA